AUGAUGCGACCGGAGGUGCGGCGGCCUCGUCCCGGCUCCGUGGGAACAGCCGCAUUUGUUUCAACUCUACAAGUUUAUCAUCCUUCUUCACAACGACGACAACGUCGUUUCAUUGCUCAGAUCUUACGGUCCAUUGAAUGCUGCUUUCCUUUUCGCCGUACUAUUCGCUUUGAUUUGUGUCUGUUCUUUUGGCGCUUGUACACUCUUUUUCCCUACAUUCCUUAUCGUUCCGUUAUGGUCGCUCAUCGUCAUAUCCGUCGCCAAACCUCUGAUCCACUACCCGCUAUCUCUGCUUCUGGUAUUGCCAGCAAUGGGAUCACUGUUGACGAUGUUACUACUACAGCCACGACUUUGGCUUAUGAUUCCUCAGCAACCACCACCGACGUCGACUCUGGUGUGUCCGUCGUGUUCGAGACCCCCUCAUCUACUGCCAAAGCCAAAUCGACUACUUCGUCAUCAUCCCAACCAACUGUCUCCGACGCAGCAACCACAAAGGAAAUUCCCAUAGGCACAGUCAUAGGAGCUUGUGUCGGCGCGUUUGCGGGAGCCGUGCUCCUUAUUGUAUUGGGCAUAUGGAUUUAUAAAUGUGCCAUACCCAAAGCGAAGUCUAAAGAUCCUGCCCCUACCAUGUCUGCGAGCCGCAAUGCUCGCGGAGAACACGAGCGGUCGCGGUCCCGGCUCGAGAACUGGGACAAGCUUGUGGACGAUCCUCAAUCAGAGGGUAAGUACCACAUGAAGGAAGUUGAUGGUGGAGUGAGUGUAGCUCCCAUGGAGAAGCUCACUAUGUUCAACAAGUCGCCGAGCGUGCGAACGGCGUACACCCACACAACGGAGGAGCCGCCACAUUUCGACCUUGAGCCUCAUCCAUUUUCCCCUUAUCAUUCCAAUCUUGCCAAAGAGCUGGCAUCAACCGAUGUCAAAGAACCCAUCAGACCGUUCGCUGGUAGAGCAGAUUCCGCGGCCAUGUCUUGGAAUUCCACAGCCAACGAGUCUUUCCUGUCCCUUCGCUCAGCCCAUAUGUCGGGUUCCAUGUCUCCGUCAUUGGAUAUGGCCAUUCCAACUCCACCGUUGACUUCUUCGGAGCCACAUCGUUGGGAAUCAGCGGAGGUGGUGAAUUUUGAUGAUCAACAGGCCAAAACGGUUGACCUUGGUGAAAACCCGUUCAACAGUCCCACGGAGCGCAGGAGGAGUUUUGGCAACCCCUUCUUCAAUGCUCAAGGAUCUUCCGUGCCAGUUCGCUCCAAGACUCCAGAUGUGCCUCGCAUUCCGCGUAGCAAAAAAGGCAAAGAGCGAGCUGUGAACCCUUUCAGCGACGUGCACGCCUCAGAUCCAGUAUACGCCCAUACAAGCACAACGUCUUCCAUCGAAAAUGACUUAGCCAUACAUUCACUCAUUGCAGCUCUCGAAGGCCGAGAUGACGUCAGUGACGCUCACCUUCGGGCUCCUUCUCUGCAGGCCUCCCUCCAAUCUUCUGCCGUUUCUGUCUACAGUGGCGACGAAUCUGCUGCGAAUUCUUUCCCUUCCCGUUCACAGUAA